AUGGAUGCAGAAAAAUUAAUAAAUGCAAUUAAAAUUGCAAAGAAAAUUAAUCAACAAAACAAAGGCUAUCGAGAUCGGGACAAAGUUGAGAAAUUAUGGCAGGAGGUAGCUGCAGAACUAAACGUUUCAAAAGAAGCUGCUAAAAAAAGAUGGAAAUCUUUACGAGAUGUCUUCAGAAACGAGCUGAAGAAGUUGCCGAAACCUAAAUCUGGAGACGAAACUCCUUCAAACUUUAGUUCAAAGUGGACUUACUUUAAAAUUUUAUGGUUCCUUAAGGAUCAAAUGACUCCGAGACAGCUAACUGGCAACUUACCCACUGACGAUAACGCAAGCCAACUAAACGAAGAUGUAUCUAAUGAUCAUUUAUUUCCUGAUGACUUCGACGAUGAGACAUCUGUUACUCCGGAUGAAAGAAUUGAAUCAGAACAACUAUUAUCUGAUCACAACAACCAAACUAUUGCAACUUCUAGCUCAGAUAAAAAUGUACGUCAAGAGCCAACUGACUGUGGGCAUCCGCCAAAACGUCCUGCAAAAAGAGCAGCUAAAAGAAAAGAAGACUUUGAUAUUGAAGAAUUUUUGAAAUUAGAGCAACAAAAAAUUGACGUUCUUAAAGCAAAUAAUUCCGUUUUAUCGACACAAUCUCAGAUUACUCAGGAUGAUGACUAUCACUUUCUUAUGAGUUUCCAUGCACCGCUAAAAAAAAUGCGUUUUGAAACAAAGAUGUGGUUUCGUCUCAAGAUGCAGGAACUGCUUUACCAAGCCACAGUGAACGCACACCAUGUUGAAAAUAUAAGUUUUGCCAACUCAUCAGCCUCAAAUGACACACACUUUUGUGGCAACACCAUUGGCUUCACCCGCUUAUUCCACAGAAACAAAUAG